AUGUCCGUGGUUUACGAACACUGGAGUUUUUGUCGAUACGCAAGGGAUGCAACCGUCAUAUCAAGUCAUGCAUUAUGUUCAGUGUCUUUGUUGACGUUGACAGCAAUAAGCGUGGACCGACUUCUCGCCCUGUUAUUGGGACUGAGAUACAAAAAGAUUGUAACUUUGAGGUGCACGUAUAUUAUUUUAGCUAUCGUUUGGGCUUUAUGUCUAGUCGCUGGUAUAUGCUCUUAUCUCAAUUUCCGUAUAGCCAUUUGGUGCAGCUUUGUAGGUAUAUCCUCUUGCCUAGUUAUAUUGGUCGCCUCGUACACAAAGAUUUUUGGCGCUCUCAGUCAAACAACUAACAGGCGAAAAACUGUAGUUUAG